AUGUCUCCUAGGUCCAUUCGAUCGGAUCCCUUGCAAGAAUUAAGCCGUAGUUUAGCCUUUGAAAGACUAGUGAAGCUAGGAGAUCGUAACAUCCAGGUUGAUGAUUUUAACAUCUUAACGCCCCUGGAAACUACUCGUGAUUCAGAAUUUAAGCAAAAGAGGUAUGAAGUCGGUUCGUUUGUGGUCCGAGUAGAACAUAAUCGCUUUAGCAAGCUCAACAUUAUAUAUUAUGUGUUUUACCACAACUAUAAACCCGAGGUCUUCAAGGUUAUCGCCUGUUUUGAUAACGGCACUUGCCAACUGGCUGAUGCGAAUGGUCGUCUUUUGAAAAGAAGAAUUAACAUCUCUUCCUUGAGACCUUAUCAUCCUCGUUCCAAAAAACAAAUCAAUGGUUCAAACUCUUUGUCUUCUUCCCGCCCGGGGAAAAACUGA